AUCGGUAAACAAGCACCUCCUGAAGUGCCAGGUUCUCCAUAUGCCAUUAGAUUCCUUUCAAGCGUUACUGAGUCAUCUGGGAUGAAACCUAUGUUGAAUGUAUCUAACUUAUUCAUGCGGUGAUAAUUCACUGGGCUGUUCCUGUGGUGAUUGCCCUUCAGCUACAGUUUGUUCUAACACAGUUUCUCCGGUUUCCCGAAAAGGAGGUUCAUGUUCAGUAUAAAGGGUAAAUGUAUCGACCUUGCUGUUGCUGUUCUAUAUAUUGUACUGGUUUAUGUGUUCUUUGGGUGGGGUUUGUUUCAUCGAACUAGAAAAACCAAACCGGCUUCUAGGACAGAACCGUGGUGGAAUGUCAUGGACGAUGGCGAAGUUCAUUCUAACAGGGAGAAGAAUGAGAACCCUCCGAUGCAGGUAUUUGAAGAUGUUUGUCACAUUGGAGAUGAUGUCCAACUUUCAAUUGUGCAAGGAUACAUGUCAAAAAAUUUCAGGAGAUAUGGAACAUGGUUAACUUAUGAGGAUCAUCAGUUCUUAAUCUUGUGAUGUUGGUUUAUAACCCAUUCUUUUUUGAGAUUAUACUCUCCCGUGUGUACCCCGAUGUGGGUUCUCUUGUGGACAUUUAGCAUUUAAACCCUUGUAUGCGUGCAAUGGUUUUUUAUGUCAUUAGAUAAAUAAGUUUACAUUUUGAUUUGUUUUGCCUUAGAAGCCUUCUAUGUUAUCAUUGGACUUCUACCAUUCUGUUCAACUUAAGAUGUAUGAUGUUGCAGCUGUGGGUUGGGCCUGGGAGUAAAGCAGCCGAAGAGAAGCAAUUUUUUGAUAGUCACCUAGCCCCUUUCUACAGAAUUGAGCAGCUAAUAUUAGGCGACAACUCAUGGUAACUCGCCUAGUAUUGUGACAGAGGACAAUAUUAAGCUACUUUUUGAGAUACAGAACAAGGUUGAUGGAAUUAAAGCAAAUUAUUCUGGUUCGGCGAUAUGUCUUGCUGAUAUUUGCAUGAACCCAAUGGACAAAGAUUGCGCCAUUCAAAGUGUCCUACAGCACUAUUCAUCUGCUGACACAUGUAUGAGUGCGUUUAAAGGUCCUCUUGAUCCUAGCACAGCAUUAGGAAGCUUCUCUGGGAAAAACUACUCCGAGGCAUCAGCAUUUCUUGAAACUUAUCCCGUAAACAAUGCUCUUAGUAAUGACGGGAAUGAAAUUGAAAGAGCAGUGGCAUGGGAGAAGGCCUUUAUUGAGCUUGCAAAGGAUGAAUUGUUGCAAAUGGAGCAAUCUAGAAACUUAACACUUUCUUUUUCAUCGGAAAGUUCUGUUGAAGAAGAACUUCAAAGAGAAAGUACAGCAGAUGCUAUUACAAUAUUGGUAAGUAUUUUCUCUCUUUCGUUUUAG